AUGGGUCACGAAACGCAUCACUCCGAGGCUAGGAAGUCUCUCGGCAUCUUUGCAUCCCCACUGCAACAUGCCGACCAUAGCCAUAAAGAUUCGGCCUCUUCAGAUGAGGAGAAUCAGAAAUCCACAAACACCGAUGCCAAUCACGUACCCUUCAACAAUACCGACUGCGAUUUACACGAUAGUCCAUCCUUCCACCGCCAUGCCGAAGCCACAACAGCUGAAUUGUUCUACGAUCUGUUCUUCGUUGCCAAUCUCACGACAUUCACUGCCAUGCUCGACAUCAACUCGUCCAAAACACUGACAGCAUACAUCGGCUUCUUCUCCCUUCUAUGGCUCACCUGGUACCAAACCUCCCUCUACGAUGUGCGUUUUAGCAGCGACUCCCUCUUCGAGCGAAUCGCCAAGGGUCUGCAUUUCGGCGUCAUGGUUGGCUUCGCCGUCAUCGGACCUCAGUGGAAGCCCGGUGAGGAGAUCUACGAUUACAAGAUCUACCGUGCUUUCGGAUUCAUCUUGAUGGUUUCUCGAUUGACGCUCUUCUGCCAGUAUGGCGUUACGCUGUUCUACAGCAGGGUGUACAAGAAAACCAUCGUUCCACUCGCGAUCAUCAUGGCAUCUACUCUCAUUGCCGCCAUCCUCUACGGAGCAUUGACCGCAGUCUUCCCUCACACCAAGGAGGUUCUCAACACAGAAACUGGUCUCCUCGAAGGCGUGUAUCAGAAAUCCAACGCCUACAUCGCCUGGUACGUCAUCGGCAUAAUCGAAACCAUCCUCACAGUCAGCAUAUCCUGCAUCUGGCGCCUCAUCUCCUUCAAGGGCACACACAUGGUGCAGCGAAUGUCGCUCCUGACCCUCAUCAUCCUCGGCGAGGGUAUCAUCGUCAUCUGCAAGGCCAUCUCCAAGAUCGUGAAGUUGGAGUACCUGUGGUCUGCCGCCGUCAUCGGCCAGAUCAUCGCCGCGAUCCUGAUCAUCUACUUCUUGUACAUGUUGUACUUCGACCGAUUGCAGGAAGAGCAUUUUGGCACGAUCAAGCAGCAGUUGUGGUCGUUUGUGCACUUCCCACUUCACACUGGCAUCGUGCUCGUGCUGCAGGGUGUCUCGCAUCUCAUCAUCUGGAGACAGGCCAUCGAGGCUUUGAACGAUGUCAAUUCACGAUGGAUGGACGUGCAAACCAACCUAAACAACCACGUGUACGAGAAUGGAACGGUGUACGCCCAGGCUUUCUAUGACGUUUCCAAGUACAACGUCUUCGACUACGUGCCGAAAGGCAUGGACGUCGGCCAUGCAUUGGAAGUCGCCAGCGAAGCAGCUACGAACAUGGCAGAGGGCUACGAUAAUCUGAUUGCCUCGAGCACGAACACCACGGCGGAAUCCCAGUUGGUGGAUGGAAUCAACACGCUCAUUGCUUCGACUGCGGAUGUUCUGUUCACGAGUCUGGGCAUCGAGGCACCAAAGAUGGAUAAGGGUGGUGAAGAGAAGAAGCUGGAUUUUGAUACCACGUUCAAUCAGUAUGGAAAGGUGUUCAACUUGGUCGUUGAAUACGUUUUCGUCACGGCCGGCCUGUCGCUCCUUUUCAUCACUAUUUGCGGCUUCCUGUCGCUUCCGAAGUCUGGACGACGCAUGUCUGAAUACAUCCGUCUGGGUGCCAAUGCGGCAUUCAGUGUGGGGUUGUGCUUGAUCACUUUGUUGCGGUACAAUGACACGUCGUUGUCCAACUUCAUGAUGAGUGCUUGGAUGAUUCCGCUGAUCUGCAUUGUCUACUUCUUGUGUGUGCUCGGGAAUCACCUUCGUCUUCCCGGGAAAAAGACGCACUAGAAGUAUCUGGGGAGAACAAGGGCCGGUGAGGGGGUCUGUUGGAUGUAUUGUAGAUGAAAUGGGAAUUGUGG